GGCAGGUGGCGGAGCCCGGGUCCUGUCGGGCGCUUCCAGCGUCCUGGGCCGGCCGCGGAGAGCGCAGCGUGAAGGCCGCUCUGCAGACGGCGUUAAGCAGGGUCGGGGCCCCGCCACCCCCGCGGAGUCGGGCGUGGGGAAGAGUCCGCGAGUUCCCGGUGACAGCCCGCGGCGAGCUCCCGGGAGGCAGGAGUAUUAUCUGGGGCAUAAAAGAUGACCACAGCAGCUAGGCCAACCUUUGAACCGGCAAGAGGUGGGAGAGGAAAAGGAGAAGGUGAUUUGAGCCAACUCUCAAAGCAGUAUUCAAGCCGAGACCUACCUUCUCAUACAAAGAUAAAAUAUAGACAGACCACUCAGGAUGCCCCUGAAGAGGUUAGGAACCGUGACUUCAGGAGAGAGUUGGAGGAGAGAGAGAGAGCUGCUGCAAGGGAAAAAAAUAGAGAUCGUCCAACCCGAGAACAUACAACCUCCUCUUCAGUAUCAAAGAAGCCUCGGUUAGACCAGAUUCCCGCGGCCAACCUCGAUGCAGAUGAUCCUCUAACAGAUGAGGAAGAUGAAGAUGAAGAUUUUGAAGAGGAGAGUGAUGAUGAUGAUACUGCAGCCCUUCUUGCAGAACUGGAAAAAAUUAAAAAAGAAAGAGCUGAAGAGCAGGCCAGGAAGGAACAAGAACAGAAAGCUGAAGAAGAAAGGAUUCGUAUGGAAAACAUUCUGAGUGGAAACCCUCUCCUUAAUCUCACUGGCCCAUCCCAGCCUCAGGCCAACUUCAAAGUUAAAAGAAGGUGGGAUGACGACGUGGUUUUCAAGAACUGUGCAAAAGGUGUAGAUGAUCAGAAGAAAGACAAAAGAUUUGUAAAUGAUACGCUGCGAUCUGAAUUUCACAAAAAGUUCAUGGAGAAAUAUAUUAAAUAGUACAGUUUUAUGUGCUUAAUUAAAGACUGUAAAAUGUAAAU